ACAUCUCUAGUCCAGAGGAAAAGCGGAAACAAAAGUUUUCCACUUACAAGUGGAGGGAGUCAAAUUAGAGCACUGCACCAUACGAAACUGAGAAAGAAUAGAGAAGAGCAAGUAUUAUUUCCUUUCUCUUUCUCUUUCUGCCAAACCUCGAAAACUAAGCUCAAACAACACUCAACAAAUUCACGACAUCACACCUUAAUAAAUUAAUCCUACUUAAACCUUUCCUACUGUAGUUAAUUGAGUAAAAAGGAGAACAAAAUAAUGAGUGAGGACGCAAAGAGAGCAAUGGCAGGCAAAGUUUCCACCGACGUUCGGAAAAGUUCAUCGGCGUCUUCUGCAAAGCGCAUCAUUGUAAAGAGCGCUGACAUGGCUGACGACAUGCAGAAAGAAGCUAUCGAGAUUGCCAUUGCUGCAUUUGAGAAGCUAAAUGUUGAGAAAGAUGUAGCGGAGAGUAUAAAGAAGGAGUUUGACAAGAAGCAUGGACCUACUUGGCACUGCAUUGUCGGUCGUAAUUUCGGUUCAUAUGUGACUCAUGAGACAAAUCACUUUAUAUACUUCUAUCUGGAUCAGAAGGCUGUAUUACUAUUCAAAUCUGGUUGAUGAUGUCAAGAAUUUUCUUUGUGGCUGAUGUUCUAAGGUGACACCAUGAGGCUAUUGAUAUAGUAUAUGGUGACAAGCUCCUGUAUGUAUUACUAUAUUGAAAUCCUAACAUGAAGUGUCUUAGGAAAACAUCCUUAUGCAUGUAUAUUAUACUCCCUGAAUUACGCCUCUGUUAUUAUCGACUGGAAUUCUCAAGAUUGAAUUAAUAAUAAUUGAUUGUUAGGUCUA